CUCUUUUUCCCCUUCAACGACGGCAGUGGUUUAGUGAACAAUGAAACCAGAUCGCAGGCUCGUCCAGUUUGAGCUCGAUCCAACCGAGGGCAGCUUGGGAGGGUUUACAAUUGGAAUGCCAAUCUCGUCCGUCAUCGGCUACCUCAACACCAAGCUCCGGGACGAGAUACCUCAGUGCGAGCUCAUCUAUUCGGCGUCUAACCCGCUGGCUUUGCACAUUUCCAUCAACCUGCCCGCAACUGGCUUGCGACUUCGCAUUGAUGCUGUCUCUCAGCGCCUGGUUGUCAUUGAAGUGCUGGACAUGUUUGCACUGACUCUGCGAUUCGCGGGGAAGAUCAUUUCUGGGCCACGAACUCCCUUGACGUUUGUCAACGUUCAAAAGCACUUUGGCCCAACGUCGCCCGGCCGUUACGACGAUGCACGACAGCAGUACAUUCAUGCCUACAGUGGGUUUGCUUUGUAUUUCGCCAUCCCCAGCAAGCAUCAAGCGUUCGUCAAAAACUCUGCGACUUUUGGCAUGUUCCCAGAUGGUACAACUCCAGUCGCAGCAAAAAUCUGCCUCUAUCACGGAAAGUGGGACCGGCCCACUCUUCCGCCACUUCCACUGGGCUCGCUUUACAUGCAGAAGGUUGUGGUGGAUGUUCGUCACGGUUUGCACUUCCCCUUGGAGCGCACUGUCGUGCGGUUUGGCGACACCUGCCAAGACGUCUUCUCAGAGCUCGGUGCCCCAAACCACGUCUUCCACAAGGCCGAUGUGCGGGCAAUCGUGGCAACCAACUCGCGCCAGGGUUCUGACUCGGACUACUUUUACAACUACUUUGACCGCGGGUUGGACGUGCUGUUUGACGCGCAAACGCACUCGGUGAAAAAGUUUAUCUUGCACUGCAACUUCCCAGGCCAUUUCGACUUUAAUCGGUACAGCAAGUGCAACUUCCGGCUGUUGGGCAGUUCACUGGUUGCGCGACACAGUCGGUCCGCUGUCGGCCCCGCCAGCAAACAACCUGCUUCUUUCGGAGAACUUGACGGCGAGCCGCCAACAGAAGUGCUUGUCGACGUUUCCGGUCCAGUGUCGACGUCCUCCAAGCGAAAUCGCGACGCAGACUCAUCCCGAGGUAGUGCUGAAGCCGGCGUGCAUGAGAAUCCCUUCAAUGUAGAUUUGGCCUCGGUGCUUGCAGACGACCCGUCAGAGAACGAUCCGUAUGAAACUGUCAAGGCCCAAGAGUGCCGGGUCAUCCAUCCAAACAUGACUUGGGAUGCUGUGCAGCAUCUUAUCGGUCGCCCCCGUGGCAAGCCUGCUGUCUACAACAAGGAGGUUACGUUGAAUCCUUUCGGAACUGUUCAAUUCCACGGUUUCAACGGCGCCAUCUUUGAGAUCAUGAACAACAACCACAUUGCAUCGGUGACAGUAUUCCGUCCUGCUGUAGCAACGUGUUGAAGCACGACACGAUGUGCACUUCGUUUGCAAGCGUUGCGCAUGGUCGGGCAUCGCAGUGGCUGUCGGAAUGUUGUCAACCAUCGUUCAGGCCUCGAUGGCCGGAGGGGUCGCCGUUUGUUUGUUGUUUCCUGAUGUUUUUUGGUUAAUUGGGCGUGCUUGCGUUGUGAGAAUGUUGCCUUGUAUAAAAAAAACCUUGCUUUUCUUGCUU